AUGUCCGAAAACUUUGGGAUCGCCGAUAUUCCUGCCCUCACAAAGGCAACAUGGGAAGUCUACAAUCAAUGCCAGAAUUUUGUCAAAGAUGCCCCUGAUGGGUUUCGGAAUCUUGUCACGGGGUUGGGUUCGCUACAGGGUGUGAUGCGAACCUUGACUGAUGACUUUAUCUCCAACACAGCUUUCUUCGAGCGAAUAAAUGAAGACCGUAAGUUGGUACUGGAGCGAUGUUUGAACGCUUGCUUUGAAACCUUGACAUGUUUAACAAGUCUUCUCAACCGGUACCGAGAAUUGGGAAUCUCGGAGGGAAAAGCGUUCUGGCAAAGAAUCAAGUGGACUACACAGCGAGCACAGGUUGAGGACAUCAGAUCAAAGCUUAUGGUUCAUACAUGCAAUUUGAGCCUCUGUGUGAGCCCCAUUGACAACUCUUCCUUGGAUGAUAUUGAACGAACAAUGAUACAAGCUAUGGAGGACGAUGAACAAGCCAUGCUUGCUUUUGAGACGUCUCAUCGCGAUUCCAACCUGGAGGUAUCGCCUCUGAGUGUCAAGAGUGGUGUGUCAAUGGAAUAUGAGGACAUUUUUGGUUCAUAUAUGCCCCGGCAAAAUUUUCCUCGAGUAUCUUCCCUGGCUUCACGUAGCUCUCAAGGGCAGGAAGAUCCAAGCUCCGGUCAGGCUAAACAUACGUCAACCUCAUCUGGGUCUAUGAUGUCCGGAUCUGAUGGGUCAUUCAGUGGAACUGCUCCUACCUCAAUUACUCUCGAGCCCUCAGUCCUCAGCCCAAUCUACGAAAACUCCAUCGAUGGUCGCACGUCCGAUAAAAUAUUUUGGGCAGAUGCUUCUGAUAUCCAAGAAAGGCAGAGCAAAAGUAGCGAGUCAUCCACCACAGAAUUUGGCCACGAGAAUGUUAUGGAGGCAGUCACCAGCGCAAUGCAACAGCUGCGCCAGGUUCGUCUUCAGGAGCAGCUUGCCCGGCCGAUAAGGUACAUACCACAAACCAAGCUACACAGGCCAGAUCAAGAUACCAUAAAGAUCUUCGAAUCCUCGGUGAACGAGGAGCUUCAGGCGCGAAGACUUAUCACGAAAGAUUGGCUUCGUAUUGCAACUUGGUGGCUGUUGAAGGCCCGCGCUACUCUGGCAAAUAGCAACAGACAUAAUCUUGUCAGUGCUCGAGGGGGUCUGGCUCUGCCUACUAGUGACUCUAGGUCUGUCUCACAACAGGCUUAUGUCGAUCUUCUCAAAUCUUCAUAUAUUUUGUAUGAAAUUGUUCUCAAAGACGAGAACUCACCUGUGCUGCUGACUGAUGAAAAUCGCAAAGCAAUUCAUGACCUUUCAGAGGGUGUAAAUGAUGAGUUUUCUCAGUACACUUCCUUGGAUAUUCCCGAGCCUUCGAGUCUGCGUGCACAGGACUUGGAUAUUUGGGAGCCUCUUCAACCAGAGGAAGCGUCAGAAAGAAUCUUGGAUUUCUUUGGGCUCGAAAACUCACGCUGGAUAUCUGUAAACCAGGACGAUGCUGGUAGCGAAGAAGAAAGGGUGCUCUACCGCGCGUUUGAAUUGGGUCUAAAAAAUUCCCGCACCCGAGGCGCUCCAUACAUGCUCUUAUUAGCAACCAAGGAGGGUGAGAGUGAGCCAAGAAUUAUUCUCUGUAACCAGAGUGGUUCUCUUUGCUUGCAACGAGAUUUCGUACCUGACGACCUACCUCAGUUGAUACAUCUGGCUAAUACCAAUAUUACUGGAUUUCCGGGUGCCCGAGUCUCAGAACCAGUGCCAUUCAUGUUUGAUAACAUGAGCGUUUCAAUUUCCUUCCAAUUUGAAGCCGAACUGGGUCAUUUUAUUAAUAUCCCCAGGACCUAUUUCGACGCCGUCUGGCGGAGAGAACCGAUUGACUCGAAAGAGUUUACUGUAAGCGUCAUUUUCAAAGGCUCAGUGGAGAUAUUUGAGCACUUGAAAGCCCCGAGCAUGAGGCCCAUGAAUCCACCAGUGAUAAUCAGAUCUUGUAAUGUCCGCAUCCUUGAGAGAUCCUUUGGUGAGGCUUGGCGUUGUACUCGGAGAAUGGUGAUUAGUCCAUGCGCAGCACAAAGAGACCCUCAGUGCAUUGAGCUCUUCAUGCCCCUCAGUCGUGUUCAAAUCAAUCGCGAGGAUCUGUCCCGCCUAGUGCUUCUGAAAUGGUCCGAUGCCUGCCAGGAAAGGUCAAAGACAGAUGGCAACUAUAAUAUUCUACACUCUUACGUGUAUGAUGACAGUGCACCAAACAUCGGAGUGGGACUUCAUUUCAGUACCCAGCAGAGAGCUGAAGAUUUUGAAAGAGCGAUCCUUGAGAUCAACUUCAGGCCAGAUUUCUCGUGGUCAGAACCCAGCAGCUCUGGUCGCAUAUACGAUGUUAUCGACACGGGAUCACAACACAAGCAGUACAAGGCUGCUGUGAUUCUCCAGAAUAAGCCGCCAUGGCGUUAUUCCGAUAUUUAUCACCUCUAUCGUGUUACAGACUAUGUCUACCAGCACUCAUCACUCAGUGUUCGGUUUCCCUAUGCUUCGUACACGGACUAUAUUUCCUCUCAUGUGAAUCAGCUCUUCGCCGCAGACAAGCCCGUCAUUUACUCACAUUGCGAGAAGAAAACAGGACCUGCGACUAUUGCUUUCAACAGCGAUACCGUCGCGCGUGCGUUCAUGAGCGCCCUCUCCCCACUGUAUGACCUGUCCUACUCGAGGCGUAUCCAGUCGCUUUCAACCAAGAGCAAAGUUCUGGGUGGGAAGAAGUCAGGAAAAGGCGGCGCUGAGCUCCAGCUCUGGCGUAGAGGAAAUACCACACAGCUUGCUGCUCGUUGGGACGACGGUGUUUCUGAUAAAUGGCUCACGAUGUCUCUUCCAUCCGACUGCCCUGACUCUUCGAAGGAGAAUACUCGAGUCAAUUUCCCGAAAUUGCCGUAUUCUCGUGGUAUGAGUUUGGAUAUGAUGAACAUUAUGGCUCGGACUCCUAAAAGCAGUAACCUCAUUGAUCGUGAGGGAACUAUCUCGAUUGUUUUUCAGACUGCACAAGAUCGAGAAGAAUUCCUUGGGGUUCUUCAGGGAAGACCAUAUUCAUCCACGUUUACUUCGUUGUCGGGGUAA